CUGCGUGCUUGGGUCCCGCGCUCACGCGUCCCUCCCCCAUCGGUACUACGAUGCGCCAAAGCGGUAUCAGGCGUAACCUCACGACUUGUGGAAGUUUUAUUAUUUUUCACGGCAUCGUGGGUAUCUACGGAGUGGAACCGACCAUUUGAGAACGCAGAGCACGAGCUCACAUAUAAAUCUCACAAUGAAGUUCACCGAGGGUGAAGAAGUCCUUGCCAAGCAUCCAAAUACUUCUGAAUAUUAUAAAGGGAAAAUUCUCAAUGUCAGAGGCGAUCGAUAUAAGAUACACUUUGAAACUGGUGUCGAGCAUACUGUUAGAGAAAAUGAUAUAAAGGCUGAUAGAACAGGGAGAACUACAGUCAGAGCAAGCAGAAGAAAAAGCCCAUCGAGACAGUCGCCUAGUAGGAGAUCACCAAGUAGGCGAUCACCAGCAAGACAGGUGACUAAAUCGCCUGGGAGAUCUCCAACUUCGACAUCUAGGAAAUUACCCAUUCGUAGCACACGACUCGCUAAAAUAUCUCUAUCUCGCAUAGAUGUUGAAGGCGAUAAAAUGAGCAAUCAUAAAGGAAGCGACGCAAAGGCACUGGAGGAAAGUCCAACUGAAUCGUUGCCUUUGCAUAUGCGCAUGAAGAGGGAAAUUAUGUCGGUAACGCGCAGACCAACACUUCUGAAGGCUGAUCAAGAAUAUAAAUCAACUAUACUAACAAGAAGUAUUGAUAGAGCCUCCUCGCUUCCAGUAGAAAGAAAAAAUUAUGUACAAGAUUAUCCUCCAGGAGAAAAAGAAAGAGGAUAUUCAAUGCAAAGAGAUCAAGAUGUGACAAAAGAAGAAAGCGAACAAUGGGAAACAGUGAUGAAUCGUGAAAAAGAGAUACACAGAGUUGACAAACCACAAGAAUGGGGCGGAUGGAUCGGGACAUCUUUUCUCGUAUUUAUAUUACCAUUGUCUAUAAUCUUGCCACAACUCUUGUGUUCAAAAGGACAAUGCAAAACUGCACUUGUAAAACUUUCUGUUGACUGGAAGUCUUACAUAAACCUACAUGCAUUGUCGUACGUUGCGUUUUUAACAUCAUUGGCUUGUAUUUCAAUUAUACCGAUCGGAAAAAUCAUAAAUGGACAGCAGAGUAAAAUAGGCAGACUUCAGUAUCGCGUAAAUGGCUUUUUGAGCGCUAUAGUGGCGAUAAUUGGACUUGCUUUAUGUGUGUAUUUGAAUAUACCAAUUAGUGAUUACAUUCUGAAUAAUAUUGUGCAGCUGUCGAUCAGUGGCUGGAUUGUAGGAACGAUUUUAGCUAUGGGAUUGUAUAUCAAGGCAGGAAAGAUUUCAGUAAUCAAUCUAAAUAUAUAUGCGUCAACCAACAGCAAGAUAUAUAAUUUUUGGCAGGGCAGAGAGAUUAAUCCGCGUAUUGGUGCUUUGGACAUUAAGCUGCUGUUAAUACGAGCUUCUCUCAUUGGCACGUUAAUCAUAAACAUAGCCAUUGCGAUUAAAGCUGUUGGCGACAUAAAAACUCUAAAUAUUCAGAAACUUGAUGUAGCCACAUUAUUAGCUGUCUUGUUGCAGCUAUUUUAUGUUAUACAUGGAUUAAUAUACGAAACCACUAUCUUUACAUCCUUUACAAUAAUGUACGAAGGAACUGGAUAUAUGACAUGUGUUAGUCACUUAUUGUAUCCAUUCUUGACGACUCUCACUACAAGAUUUCUAUUAUAUCAGAAGAUGAAACUUAACUAUUAUUUUGCUGGUAUAUCUGUUUUGAGCUUCGUAGUAGGAUAUGCUUUGUAUAGGACUAGUAACCUGCGGAAAGACGAGUUCAGAAAGAAUCCAGUUUCACCAACAGUACCUUAUUCGGAAACUAUCCCGACAUCACGUGGAAAGAAGUUGAUGUUGUCUGGUUUAUGGGGCUAUGUGAGACAUCCCAAUUAUUUGGGUGACAUCAUAAUGCAAUGGUCUGUCGCGAGUAUUGGCUUGGCAAAGGAUAUUCUACCAUAUUAUACAGCAAUCUGCUGCACGUUAGUGCUCGCUUAUAGAGCCAUAAGAGACAAUAGACGUUGUCAGAUGCGCUAUGGAUAUGCUUGGGAACAGUACUGUUCGCGUGUAAAGUACAUGAUCUUGAAACGUAUAUUUUAAGGCAAUAAAACGUGUAGCGAGGUAUUUUUAAAUUCCAAAAUUCUAUAUAUCAGAGUUAUUGCAGAAGGUAAUGCUCAUUUACAUUUUAUAAGAUCUCUAUUCGUGCAUUUCACAUUAUUUUUAUGAGAUAGGGUGAUAUAAUAGUAUUAUAAAGUACACAAAUGUAGAAUUAGAUGAGAGCUAAAAAUAUUUUGAUAAUUAAGAAAUGAUUUCACAUUAGAGAGAGAAGAUAAAUAUAUAUGUACAACUUAAAUACAUAUAUAAAUUUAUGAUAUGAAUCUCCAUACAUGUGAUGAGAAGUGAACAAGGCAAUGUCACAUGUUUUGAUAAAGAGAGGAAAACUUAUGUAUUUGUAGGAUAAGUAUAUAUAUAUAUAUAUAUAUAUAUAUAUAUAUAUAUAUAUAUGUGUGUAUCGUAAAUAUUUGUUAAAACAUGUGCCUGUAAUAUCGAGCAUUACAAACUUGAAGAUACAAAUUACUUAAGCAAUUUUAUACUUUUAUAUAUUAGACAUGUAUAAGUGUACAAUCUUAUCAUAUGAUUAUGUAGAAAUUAUAAGCAGUUUCCUUAAAAGACAUUUUUUUUUUAAUAAAAUGUAUUCUCGUUUAUUUUCUCGUGUUUAUCUUGUAAUUCUAAUGUAGUUGUCUUCAGCAGAUAGAAAUAUAAUUAUAGUAUUGGACUACGAAGUCUGGAAUAGUUUACAUAUAUUUUUAGAUUAAAUAGUCUAUAAUAGAAACUCAUGUAUAUGAAGCAACACAACUGGAUUAUUGCUCUAAAUUUCUAAAUAAAAUUAACAAGUUGCUGUUAUGAGGAAGCUACAAUGCAAAAUGGUCAUAAAUAAAAAAAAUAUUGCUGUCACUUAAACUUAUUAAACAAACAUUAAAAAUUAGAUGGGUUGUUAAUAUAUAAAAUAUGUAGUAUAUAUUUGUACACUUAUUUUUUAUUAAACUGCUCGUAUAUAUACAUGUACAUCUAAUUAUAAAAACAAUCACGUUAAAUUGGAUUGUUAAAAAUAUGUCCGUUUGAUCCAUUCAUCUGUAACAUAAUUAUUAAACAAAAGUUUGUUCUCACGCCAUAAUUCAUUGUGUCUUAGCCAAUAGUUAAUAGAGAAUAUCCUCUAUUUUAUAUGUUUCUAUGUCUAAGAAGUACUAUUACUCCUAAAAAUGAAGAUUUCUCGAAAUGGCAGAUACGCCUCACUGUAAAAUAACGAAAGCAAAUUUUUGUGUAUCUGUAAAUCUAUUCGCAAUUUAAUCGCCCAGAUUAUUAUACAUAUUUAUUCAUUAUUUUAUAGCUUUAUAUUUAUUUCUUAAAAUUAUAUUUAGAAAUUGUCGUUAAGCCACAAAUGUACUCUCUCUACAUAAUACUCUUCGAACAUUUUAUUGCACAUUUUUAAGAAAAAUAUCUUUCAAGUUUGUGUACGUAAUGGUAUCUGAUAAUCUAUACCGUAAAUUGUAUGAUUAAAAAUGACAAUUAUAAAAACAAUUAUAUAAUGUA